CCGAGAAGAGGCACGUGGGAUGUCAAUUCAGCCUCUGGGUUACAGGGCACCUGAAGUCAUCCUGGGCCUUCCCGUGUCCGAGGCCAUAGACAUGUGGAGUCUUGGCUGCCUGCUUGGGUUCUUGUACCUCGCCGAACACCCGUUUGCGAUUAACUGCGAGUACCAGUCGAUGAAAGGCAUUGUAGACGUUCUGGGCCAGCCAGCUGACCACCUCCUCAGUGCUGGGGACUACACCCACAAGUUUUUUAAGGCGAACCAGCACUGGGACAACCCAAGAUGGUGGAUGAAGACCCCAAGGGAAUACCAGCUUGGCACUGGAAUUGAGCCCGAAACAUGGAAGAGCGCUCUUAGAAGUCUGGAUGACCUGAUGACUCAUGACCCAGAGACACAGGAAUCCAUUGAGCUAGUGGAUCAAAGAGCUUUCGUCAGCCUCCUGAAGAGCCUUCUAAACACCGACCCAGAGAAGAGGAUCACUCCGGGGAAGGCUCUCGAGCACCCCUUUGCCACAAUGGCUCAUCUGAUGGGCGAUAUAGAGACCAGCUUGUAUGUGGAGGAUUGUUUGGAGAAAAUGGCGGUCUUACCGAUGGAUGACUUGGACGAAGACCUAUCUCCAGACAAUGAGGCUGAGGAAGAGCCCAGAGUUGAAGAGCCUUCAGCCACACCUCCUCCUCCUAAUGAUGCAGGCUCAGCCGUUUUUCGUUCCUGUGACGGCAUUAAAAACACGCCUCACUCAUCUGAGGGACUGGAAGCUGCUGCAGAAACAGACGCUGCUGGCUCAGCUGUAGAGGAACUAGCUGUUAGCCGAGGGCAAGCCAGUCCAGCUGAUGGUGAGGCUCAGGUAGAGCCCAGAGGUGAAGAGCCUUCAGCCACACCUCCUCCUGCUGAUGCAGGCUCAGCUGUUAUUCGCUCCUGUGACGGCAUUAAAAACACGCCUAACUCAUCUGAGGGACAGGAAGCUGAUGUAAAAACAGACGCUGCUGGCUCAGCUGAACAGGAACUAGCUGUUAGCCAAUGUCCAAGCAGUCCAGCUGAGGAGACAUCAGCCAAAGACGGGUCACCUGAUGAGGGUCCGCCUGCCAGA